GGCAGUUGCACCAAAAGUGUCAUAAACUUAUAACCUGGCCCCGUUGCCAUGGGCGAAGACUUCUCGUGGGAUGACAUAGAAGUGGUUACUAUUCAGGAUCGGACAGAAGUCAUUGGAAGGAUGGUGACCGAUGAGUCCAGUGCUAGCACUUCUGAGAGUGAUGUGGAGGAGUGGCACCUGCAGAUGGAGGAACUCUCUUCAAAUCAUGGAGACAAUGAUCUCCUGACCUUGGACGACCUCCCCGAGGACGGGAGUGAGCUGGAGGUCGCGCGGGCCCAGCUGGCAGCCCUGGCGCUGCGCCGCGAACGCAUCCGAGAGAUUGCUGCUCGCUACAGUGGGCCGGAUGGUCCGGAUGCCAAGAGAGCCGCGGAGGCUCCAAUGCUGGGAGGCACAAAGCAGACUGAGAAGGUUUGGGCGGAUGGACCGGUGAAGCCUCACAUCAAAGAAGGCUCAAGCACUAUUGAGAGCAUCCUGCAGCGCUCACGUCGCGAAGGUCUUGGGGGUGACAUGAAGAAGAUUCAAGAAGGCAUGGAGAGAGAUCAACAACGCAGCGUAGAGCUGUGGCACAACUUUCUUUGUGAUGAUAUGCCGGUUGGGGGAGAUGUUCUGCCCAGCCCUGAUGAUUUCUACCGGUCAAGGUGAAUUUCAAGAAGGCUCUCAAUUUCUCAACGCGAGUGUGCAGAAAAGAA